CCCCCAUGUCCCCCUGUCCCCAGAGCUGAUGCAGACCGAGGCGCACCACGUGCGGACUCUGAAGAUCCUGCUGCGCGUGUACGCUCGCGCACUGCGGGAGGAGCUGCCCCCCGGCCGGGCGGCCGCCCUGCUGUUCCCCGCGGCCCACGACCUGCUGGAGCUACACGGCCGCUUCCUCGCGCGGCUCAAGGCGCGUCGCCAGGAGGCGCUGGAGGGCGACAGCGAGCGCAACUACACCAUCCUCAGGAUCGGGGACCUGCUGCUCGAGCAGUUCUCAGGUGAAAACGGGGAGAGGAUGAAAGACACCUACGGGGCCUUCUGCAGCAGCCACAACGAGGCCGUCAACCACUACAAGCUGCUCCUGCAGCAGAGCAAGAAGUUCCAGAACUUGAUCAAGAAAAUCAGCAACUAUUCCAUUGUGAGGCGUUUGGGCGUGCAGGAGUGUAUUCUGCUUGUCACUCAGCGCGUAACCAAGUACCCAGUGCUGCUGGAACGAAUCAUCCAGAACACGGAAGCUGGCUCCAUGGACUACGAAGACCUGAACCAUGCCCUGAUCCUCAUCAAAGACAUCAUCUCCCAAGUGGACGCCAAGGUUAAUGAAUGUGAGAAGGGCCAGCGGCUCCGGGAGAUUGCAGGCAAGAUGGAGGUCAAGUCCUCCAGCAAACUCAAGAACGGGCUGACCUUCCGCAAGGAGGACAUGCUGCAACGCCAGCUCCUCCUGGAGGGGAUGUUGUCCUGGAAGACCACGUCAGGACGCCUGAAAGACGUGCUGGUUGUGCUGCUGACCGAUGUUCUCCUCCUGCUUCAAGAAAAGGAUCAGAAAUACGUCUUCGCCUCAGUGGACAACAAGCGCCCUGUCAUCUCGCUACAAAAACUGAUCGUGAGAGAAGUGGCCAACGAGGAAAAGGCUAUGUUCCUCAUCAGCGCCUCCCUGCAGGGCCCAGAGAUAUACGAAAUUUACAGCAGCUCUAAGGAAGACAGGAAUGCCUGGGUGGACCACAUUCGCAGGGCAGUGGAGAGCUGUCCAGAUGAGGAGGAAGGACUCUUCAGUGAGGCUGAAGAAGAGAGGAAGAUGAGGUUGAAGGACUUCCAAGAACGCCUGGCGAGGAAAGACCAGCAGAUCAUGCAAAGCUUGUGUGAGAAGCAUCAGAUAUUCCAGGAGAUGGCGGAGAUGAGAGGCCUGGCACUGGAGGAGCCGGGCCCCGCGCGCCUCCUCUUCCGGGCAGGAGACCCCAGCGGUGCCCUGGAAGGAGAGACUAUCCUCAAGUCAGCCAUGAGUCAGAUUGAGGACAUCCACAGCUUGCUAUGCAGACGGCUGGGUAAUGCCAAUGGCCAGGCCCAGGACAGCGGCGGGGGCCUGGGGGCCCUACCCCGUAGAGCUGAGACCUUUGGGGGGUACGACAGCACAGGGAACCCCGGAAAAAGUGGCAGUUUCCGGAUGAAGAGCUGGAGCAGUGACCCCACAUAUCGAGAUGGGCAGGGGACCCCUGCAAGCCCCACCCCCCUGCUCAGCGACACCCCAGAAGCCUCCGAGGAAACUGUCCAAGAGGAUGACAGCCCUCACCUUGAAUCCCGGCCCCAUCCGCCCACUCUGGAAUUUGAGCUCCUGCAAAGAAUCCACACGCUGUCCCAGCUACUCCUCAGCCUGCAGGCGGCCAUCGCCCAGCAGGACAGCUGCGUGGAGAUGCAACGCACCAGCCUGCAGGAACGCGAGCGCCAGCUCCGGCUGCAGUCCACGCGGGGCAGCCUGCUCCUGGAGCAGGAGCGCCAGCGAACCUUCGAGAAGCAGCGGGAGGAGCUGGCGGCCGUCCACAAGCUGCAGGCGGAGCAGCGGCAGGAGCAGCAGCGCUGGGAGAGGGCGCGGGCGGCGGAGCAGCGGGAGCUGGAGGCCGAGGCCGGGCGGCUGCAGGCGCGGGAGAGCGAGGCCCGCCAGCUGGAGCAGAAGCUGCGCCAGGAGCGCGGGGAGCUGGAACGGCAACGCCGGGCCUACCAGCACGACCUGGAGCGGCUGCGGGAGGCCCAGCGCGCCCUGGAGCGGGAUCGCGAGCGCCUGGAGCAGCUUCGGAGGCUCAAGAAGCAGAACACAGCACCCGAGGCCCUGGCCGAGGCCCAGCCCGCCAGUCACCCUCCCAGCUUCAAUGGGGAAGGGCUGGACUCCAAAGCACUGGGCCCUCGGGGGAGCUUGCUGCUGCCCCCUGGUGUCAGCCCUGAGUUUAGCGCCGAGCGGCCCGAGGGGACCCGCCGAGACAGCACCAUGGCCAAGAGCGACGUGCCCAUCCAGCUACUGAGCGCCACCAACCAGUUCCAGCGGCAGGCGGCCGUGCAGCAGCAGAUCCCCACCAAGCUGGCCGCCUUCACCAAGGGGGCCAAGGACAAGGGCAAGAGUCGUGGCUCCCUGCGCUCGGAUAGCUCAGUCCCCUUUGACCUGAGGCAGCCUCCACUUCUGAUCAAGUUCAUGGGCAAAGAAGAGAGUGCCUCCCGGAGCCGCCGCUCCCUGAGUCCCGUCCUGUCCAGCACCCAGGGACCCUCAGCCCCCUUGGCCCCUCCAGACCCCUGCUUCCCAGCCUCCAGUCCCGCUCCCGUGGACCUCACCCCUGAAGGCUUCUCCUUCAAGAGCAGCGGGGGACCCCCCUACCAGCCUGUGCCCCCACCGACUGCCCCACAGGACAAGGAUGAUGCCAACAACGAAGAUGUGAUCUUCUUCUAACGGAGGGGGGGUGUGGUGCCCCCUCCCUGCCGCCCCUCCUCCCUUCCUGAGCAGACUGCUAUAGGGGGGUGCCAGCCUGGGGUCCCCAAGAUUGCUGUAGGGUUAGCUGGGUUCCUCCUGUUUGUUGGAAGUCCUGGCACCCCCUGUGUGCGGACGGAGAAGGCUGACUCUUCCCAGGUGGGGGAGGGAGGUGAUGGACUGAGGGGAGGGUGGGGCGGUCCCCCAGAAAUAGCCUGGCCAGAGCGCAGUCUGAGAAAGCAUAGACAGCCCCAGAUCACCAGGACACGCCAGAGCGUGUUAGUGGGGGUCCCGGGCACCCCAAGGCCAGGGGUCGGGGUCCCGUGGGUCUGAAUGCCCCACUUAAGUUUGGCUACUGACUGGUCCUGGGGUUGUUGAGGGGGCUUUGUGGGGGCUGGCUGUCCCCCAGGCUCUCAGCUGCCCCACACCUGAGUGUCCCCAGCCCCCUGUGACAGGAAGCAAGUGGGCUGGUGUCCCAAAGGGCACAUCAGUCCAGCCCCGAGGUUCUGGGUGUGGAGGGAGUUAGGGGGGAGGUAGGGGUGACAAGUGUCCAGGGAGCCAGCGGUGCCCAACGCACUGGGUGAGUUGGCAUCCAUGUCCCCUUGUCUCUGUCCCCACGCCAGCCCCUCCCCGGUUCCCCUCUGUCCCCUCCCCCUCCCCCCACACACACACCUGAGACUCUGCAGAACUUGUCUGUCACAUGUCCCUCGGUGUGUGUGGAAGGGGGGGUGUCUUUGUACGGAGAAGCAAUCAGAGCACUUUAAGAGAAAAAAAUAAUAAUAAAAGACAGAAUCUGGGUCCCCUGUAUGCUGGUGAGCAUUCCUGGAGGCCUGCCUGCAAGAGGCACCAGCCUUGUGCCCCACCCCCACCCCCACCCCAGUGUGUCCUGGUAACUCCAGGAUCUGCCGAUGGGCCACAUAGUGGGGGGAGGGUGGGGGGGAAUCCUCCCCAGGGGGCACUAACGUACCCCUGCUGUUGUGGGGGCAGUUACUCCCUCUGGUGCCCCCCCAAUUUCCUGCAGCCCCCACAACCAAGACUGCUGCUAGGCAGAGGCUCUGCCCUUUGGAGGGGGGGGUGGCAUGGCAGGUGGGUUGUGGGAACUGGUCCCCAUGCUUAGGACUAUCAGAUUUGGUUCUAGCAAUAAAGGAAAAAAAAAAGUCUCAGAAGCAGCUUCUUGGGGGUUGGUUUUCAGAAGAAGAAAGAAAGAAAAAAGAAAACGAAUAAAUGAAAUAAAGACAGUUAUUAUCA